GGGGGAGGCCGCGCGCUGCUGCUUCUCGCCGCCAAGCUCGCACUGGUCUUCGGCUGCGCCAUGGGGGUCGUCCUGGGGCUCUACCUGCUGCUGGUGCGCCGCGUCCGCGAACACGACGCCGCGCUGGGGCUCGCCACGUCGAAGCUGGACGCGCUGUCGCCGCGCAGCCUCUCGUCGCUCCAGGAGCUGCAGCGCUCGCACGAAACCUUCCUGCACGUGUUCUCCGUGCAGUUCCCGCUGGCGCUGGGCUGCUUCACGUGCGUCUACGUGCUCAAACAGACGUUCGCCAUUCCCGGCUCGGCACUACUCAAUGUGUUUGCAGGUGCAGUUCUGCCCAUAGCGCUGGCUUUCCCUCUGGUGUGCGUCCUGACGGCGUGCGGAGCUUCGUGCUGCUACCUGUUGUCCAAGAAUCUGGCCUCGGAGGAGAUCGUGCUGAGUGUGAGUGAGCGACUGCUGCCUGGGAAGCUGCACGCUCUGAGGCAGAAGAUCGACGAUGCUCGGGCACAAGGUCAGUUGCCGUUCUUGUUGCUGUUCCUGCGGGUGUUCCCCUUCACGCCCAACUGGUUCCUCAACAUGGCGAGUCCGUGGCUGCAAGUGCCGCUGAAGCUGUUCGCGCCCUCCGUGGCAGUGGGUUUGCUGCCGUACAACUUCAUCACGGUGCACGCGGGGGCCAUGCUGUCGUCUCUACGGAGCACGAGCGACUUGCUGGACCCGCGUACGAUGGGGCUGCUGGUGCUGCUCGCAGUGGGUAUGCUCAUCCCGGCGCUGCUGAAAAAGAAGGCGAAGGCGCAGGAA